AGUAGUUCGUGACCUCGGCCUAAUUGAAUAGUGUGCGGAGGGAUGCGCCAGGUGUUCCGCGGUUUUAAUUAAUCCAAAACAGCCUCCCGCCCAUGUGGAAAGCGCACGAACGACACAAACUGCCGUACUUCAGUCCGACGUCUUGAUUAUUUAAACACUCGUUACCCAGGAUGAACAGUGGUGGGCCAGCGUAUCCCCUCGCCUCUUUGUAUGUAGGGGACCUGCACCCUGACGUUACAGAGGCCAUGCUUUACCAGAAGUUUUCCCCUGCUGGACCCAUCAUGUCGAUCCGUGUGUGUCGAGAUAUUAUCACCCGUAGAUCUCUGGGCUAUGCAUACAUAAACUUCCAGCAACCAGCUGAUGCGGAGUGUGCUUUGGACACGAUGAACUACGAUGUUAUCAAGGGUCGGCCAAUCCGAAUAAUGUGGUCUCAGCGUGACCCAGGACUCAGGAAGUCUGGUGUGGGCAACAUCUUCAUUAAGAACAUGGAUGAGUCUAUUGACAACAAGGCUCUAUAUGAUACCUUUUCUGCAUUUGGCAAUAUUUUGUCUUGCAAGCAUUUGUCCUUGCAGGUAGUAUGUGAUGAAAAGGGAUCCAAAGGCUAUGGCUUUGUUCACUUUGAGACUCAGGAGGCUGCAAACCGGGCCAUUGAGACCAUGAAUGGAAUGCUGCUGAAUGACAGGAAAGUUGGACAGACAGGUAGACAUCAGGUGAAGGCCAAUUUCCUGGGGAACAAUUGUCAGUUUUCCACGCUUAGAUCAAAGAAUAGGUUUGUUGGCCACUUUAAGUCUCGCAAGGAAAGAGAAGUGGAGUUUGGCACCAAAGCUAUGAAGUUCACCAAUGUCUACAUCAAAAACUUUGGGGACGACUACACUGAUGAGAAACUCAAGGACGUAUUCUCCGCUUUUGGGAAGACUCUCAGUGUGCGGGUGAUGAAGGAUGAUAGGGGUCGUUCACGGGGAUUUGGUUUUGUGAACUAUCUAAACCACGAGGAUGCUCAAAAGGCAGUUGAUGAAAUGAAUGGAAAGGAGAUCAAUGGAAAAAUCAUCUAUGUAGGACGGGCUCAGAAGCGUUUGGAACGCCAAGGUGAACUGAAGCGCAAAUUCGAUCAGAUCAAACAGGAUCGCAUCCAGCGCUAUCAGGGGGUGAAUCUGUACGUAAAGAACCUGGAUGAUGGCAUAGAUGACGACAGACUCCGGAAAGAAUUUGCUCCUUAUGGUACAAUUACAAGUGCCAAGGUCAUGACUGAUGGCUCCCAAAGCAAAGGCUUUGGCUUUGUCUGUUUCUCUUCACCCGAGGAAGCUACCAAAGCAGUAACUGAAAUGAACGGUAGGAUAGUUGCAACCAAGCCUCUCUAUGUGGCUCUGGCUCAACGGAGGGAGGAGCGUAAAGCAAUCCUUACCAACAAAUAUAUGCAAAGACUUGCAUCCCUGAGGACCAUGACCAGCCCCAUCAUUGACUCCUACCAGCAGGCUGGAUACUACAUGACUGUACCACAGCCUCCCACUCGAUCCUUCUACAACCACAAUACUGUGAGGCCAGUAACUUGUUGGACAGGACAGUCACCGAGACCACAGGGCCCCUACUCCACCCAUUAUGUUGGUAAUUCUGUCCCCCGACGUGGAUCAGCUGUCAUUGCUACUGUCAGACAGGCUUCUACCCAAGCUCCACGCAUCUUCAGUUCUACACAGAAGACAAAUAACAUUGGGACCCAGACUGUAGGAGGGCGAACAGAUGUGCCUGUCCUAACCAGAAGUGGCCAAUACAAGUACUCAUCUGCAGUGAGGAAUCCUCAGCAGGUUGUUCAUGUACCUGCACUCAUGACACAGAUACAGGUUGCUCCUGUGAAGGAGCCACCAGUGCAUGUUCCGGGCCAAGAGCCGCUAACUGCUUCGAUGCUGGCUGCAGCUCCACUAAUGGAUCAAAAACAGCUUCUUGGUGAGCGACUGUAUCCGCUGAUUCAUGCCCUACACCCAAACUUAGCUGGAAAAAUCACUGGGAUGCUGUUGGAGAUAGACAACUCAGAGCUGCUGCACAUGUUGGAGUCACCAGAGUCCCUGCACUCAAAGGUGGACGAGGCAAUUGCUGUCCUCCAGGCUCAUCAGGUGAAGGAAUCUUCUCCCAAGAAGUGAGGAACCCCUUCAGGUGGCAACGAAUUACUGGAGGAAGAAAAUACUAAGUGAAAUUUAAAAAAUGAUUUAAGGAACUGUUCUGUAGAUACAACAGACGAGAAAACUGAAGUUAAAGAAAUUUUGUUAUUGCAAAAACUUUUGUUAUAAAGUACAGUAUAUGCAUAAAAAAUCUGUC